AUGCAACAGAUUGAGGCAGCCGGUAGAGGUGUACUUGUAUAUUUACGCGGACAUGAAGGUAGGGGUAUUGGAUUGGGCCACAAGCUCCGUGCUUAUAACCUAAAGGAUGAUGGGCGCGAUACCGUAGAAGCCAAUGAGGAGUUGGGAUUGCCUGUUGACUCUAGGGAGUAUGGCAUUGGUGCGCAGAUACUGAGGGAUCUAGGUGUUCAAUCUAUGAAGUUGAUGACUAACAAUCUAUCCAAAUAUAUUGGUCUCAUAGGUUAUGGUUUAACUGUUUCUGCCACUUUUGAGGCGAUCAGGAAGAGAUAGAGGAGAUACAGACUCAACUGAUUUCAACAGUAGUUACGGGCACAUUCACAACAGGGGUUGCAGUGGCGUUAGCAGGAGACAUAUGGUU